AUGGCUCGCCUACGCGGCCGUGCCGCUCUUCUUCUCGUCUCCAUCCUCGUCUCCGUCACCCUACUCGCAACUCUCACCCACGCCGCGGCAGGUGACAAGUGCUCAGCCUCCUCUCAGUGCGAUAGCUCUGCACCCUGCUGCUCAGACGGGGGCGUCUGCGGCACAGGCGCCUUGUACUGCGCUGGAGGUUGCAACCCUCUCUCCUCGCACUCUCCCACCUCGUGCCAGCCCAACCCCAUCUGCACCUCUCAGAACAUUACCUUUCCUCCGGCGUCCUACAACAAUGUCUCCUAUUUCCGUCCUAUCCUUCAGUACACCGGGGACGCGAGCAAGGCUCCCCUGACUCUGGACAGUGGAAGUCUGGGAAAGGGGCCGGAGGGCGUACUGAUGCAGAUGACCAGUCAGAGACAGGUUAAAGUGUCCUCGACCAGAUAUCUCUUCUAUGGAGAUGUCGAGGCGAGGCUGCGACAUAAUGCUACUCAAGGACUGGUAGCCGCAUUCAUUUUGAUGAGCGAUGUCAAGGAUGAGAUCGACUGGGAGUCGACCACCUCUUCUGCUUCGGAUGCUCAAUCCAACUACUUCUCUCUCGGUGUUCCUAAGCUGGGCAAUGGCGAGAACGUCGGCCCGUCCUCACUCGACGUAUCGCAAUGGAACACUUUCGGCCUCAACUGGCAGCUGGACCGCCUUCAGUGGCGCAUCAACGGCCAGGUUGUCCGCACGCUCACCCAAAGGCAGGCGGGCGACUCCUAUCCACGCAGUCCCGCACGCGUGCAAUUGAGCGUUUGGGCUGGAGGCAACAGUACGGAGCCCCAAGGCGUACAAGACUGGGCCGGUGGGCAAAUUGACUACACCUCACCCGCCUACACGGCCAACGGUUGGUAUGCCAUGGAGCUGUCAUCUCUCAGCAUCAGCUGCGCAGAUCAGUCUGCGUCCAACGUCGCCACCACUGGCUCCGGAUCGAACGCAAUCACCUCCUGGGUUUACACAGGGCAGAAUGACACCUCUGGCGAGCCAACGGUCACCUUGAACAGGAACAAGCUCACCUUCAUCAAAGACCCCGGAGCGGGAGGCUGGGCUGGUCUGCCGGGCUGGACGGAUGCGCAAACGCCCAACACGAAGAGUGGGGCUAUGUGGGAUGGCAGUGGAGAUACGGGUGUGGACGAUGCGACGUCUUCCUCGGGGAGUGGGGGCGGCGUGUUCAGCAAGGAGGGAGCGGUCAAGUACGGGAUCCCUAUUGCGGCAGGAGUGGUGGGGCUCAUUAUUAUCUGGGCCAUGGUCAUGACGUGCGUGAGGAGAAAGAGGAAGGCCGAGAGGGCCAGACAGGCUGCGGCGUUUGGGGCUGGAGCUGCAGGAGGUGCUGGUGCGUCCAAGGCCGCCGGAGCUGGGUACGUUACGGCGGGCAACGUCGGACGUGGGGCUACCGGCAGCGCUGGUGGGGCCAAAUACACGCCGCUCACGGACGAGUGGGCCACGCAUUCGGACGACGAUCUCCCUAUUGGGGCAGAGAAGCGCUACGGUGGAGGAGUUGGCCCCGCAGCUGGGCCGACGCCGUACGUGUCGUCGAUCGCGGCGAGCGACUAUGAUUAUCAUGGUGGGGCGGGAAGUGAUGGUUGGUAUGAUGAGGGGUAUGGAAGAGGAAAUGCCUAUCCGAUGACGGCGACGCCGCGAAGCAACUACGCGGCAUCUCCAGCGCCAGCGCUGGCUUGGGCACAGCAUCGUCAUCAGCAACAGCCAUAUAGCCCGGCGUAUGCGCAGGGGACGCCAUUGACCGGUCAGGCAACGCCACAGCAGCCGCAGCAAUACGGUGGAUAUGGGGGUGGAUGGGGCCAGGCGCAAGGUCAGAGACCGGUGGGAGGGCAGCGUCAGCAGCCGCAGGCGCGAGGCCAGUAUGGAGGAGGUGGACCAGGAGCAGGUUACUACAGUUAUGCGACGCCUGGAUAUCGCUGA